UCUCUCUCUCUCUCUCUCUCUCUCUAAAGUUUCUUUGAACACAAAUUAACUUAGUUCAAACUUGUAUUAAGUUGUUGCAACAAAGAGUGGUAUCAUGGCAAUAGAGAUUGUACAAGUACAACCAAGUGUUGGACUAUCAAAGAUGGCAGUCUCACAAACCCAUGGUGAAGACUCCCCAUAUUUUGCAGGAUGGAAGGCUUAUGAUGAAAACCCUUAUCAUGAAACUAAUAAUCCUUCUGGAGUCAUUCAGAUGGGAUUAGCAGAAAAUCAAGUAAGCUUUGACAUGCUUGAAGAAUAUCUAGAGACAAAUCUUGAAUCAACUAACUGGGGCCAAAAAGUUUCUGGCUUUAGAGAGAAUGCUUUGUUUCAAGAUUAUCAUGGCCUUCUAUCUUUUAGAAAGGCAAUGGCAAGUUUCAUGGAACAAGUGAGGGGAGGCAAAGCAAAAUUUAACCCUGAUAGAGUUGUCUUGACAGCUGGUGCAACCGCCGCUAACGAGCUUUUAACCUUCAUUUUGGCUGAUCCGGGCGAUGCUUUGUUGGUCCCAACCCCUUAUUAUCCAGGAUUUGAUAGAGAUUUGAGAUGGAGAACUGGUGUACAAAUUGUCCCAAUCCACUGUGAUAGCUCAAAUGGUUUUCAGAUCACACCAGAAGCCCUAGAAGCAGCAUAUGAUCAUGCAACAAAAAUGAACAUAAAAGUGAGAGGGGUGCUCAUCACGAACCCCUCGAACCCGUUGGGUGCAACCGUCCAACGAAAGGUUCUCGAAGAGAUCCUAGAAUUUGUGACACGAAAGAACAUCCACCUCGUUUCUGACGAAAUCUACUCGGGUUCAGCGUUCUGUGCAGACGAAUUCGUUAGCAUCGCAGAAGUGCUCGAAUCAAGAAAAUACAAAGACUCAGAAAGAUGUCACAUUGUUUACAGUCUGUCAAAAGAUCUUGGUCUCCCUGGGUUUCGAGUAGGGACAGUUUAUUCCUACAAUGAUCAAGUUGUGACAACCGCUAGGAGAAUGUCUAGUUUCACCUUAAUUUCCUCACAAACACAGUUUUUGUUGGCAUCUAUGUUAUCAGACACAGAUUUCACCCAGAAAUACAUAAAGAUCAAUCGCGAAAGAUUGAAGAAACGAUAUGAAAUGAUCGUAAACGGGCUGAAAAAGGCGGGUAUUGAAUGUUUAAAAGGGAAUGCAGGCCUUUUCUGUUGGAUGAACCUGAGUCCAUACUUGGAGGAACCCACGAUCAAGAGCGAGUUAGCGAUAUGGAACACGAUUAUGCACGAAGUAAGGCUAAACAUAUCGCCCGGAUCAUCAUGCCAUUGUUCUGAACCAGGAUGGUUUCGAGUUUGUUUCGCAAAUAUGAGUGAAGAAACUCUUGAAGUUGCACUCUCCAGAAUUCAUGCAUUCAUCAAAGAAAGGAAGCAAGUUUUGUGAAUGCUGUGAUACUUGAAAAGAAAUUAUUUCCCUUUUAGCAAUCAUUUUUUAGGUGGGAAGACCUAAUCAAGAUUAGGGUUUUUGCCCCCCAAUAAUUUGUAACUCACACUGGGGUUUAAGUAUGUUUUUGCUCUAAUUUUCUUUGGGAUUUCAGAAUCUCCAAGGAUUUUGAGUUUAUAGAACCCCGGUGUAAUUAUGAAUUCAACUCUUGUAACACUAUUAUUACAAUAUCAAAGUUAGCUUAUUAA